UCCCAUACAAUACUCCUGGUACAGCCAAAUCAACGGCCUGAAACAAGAACUUACUCUGAUUACGAAUCCCUGAAUGAAUGCCUUGAAGGAAUCUGUAAAAUCUUUGAAGAGCACCUGAAACGCCUGCACCCACAUGAUCCAUCCAUCACUUAUGAUAUUUCGCAGCUGUUUGAGUUCAUUGACCAGUUAACAGACCUGAGCUGCUUAGUAUUUCAAAAGACAUAUGGAACAUACACUCCUCAUAACAAAGACUGGCUUAAAGAGAAGAUCUACCACAUGUUAAGGAAGCAGGCUGGAAAGUGA